AUGAUUCCCGUUAUUAAGUACAGAUUGCAUGGAAAUUCAAGCGUUUUGAUGCCCUAUUACGAUAUCAAUCGGCCCAUGACGGUGGAAGAAACUGAGGAACUCGAUGAGUUGUUCAGUAGAGUCAACGGGUGUUCGGUGUUGAAGGAUCUGAGCAAAAGAACAGCUCUGUAUAUAUUUUUUCAAGUUCAUCGGGAUGAAGAGGGAGAGAUUGACGACAAUACAGAGAUGAUUAAGGAAGCCGAUGAUUUUUGGGAACAAAUCACAGAUAUGCCGAAGCACAUAUGGAUUUUAUUGAUUGUGGUUUUUUUUCUUAAAUAUUUUAGUUAG